CCAAUUAAAUGAUGGCCAAGUUCUUGUCAAAUGAGAAGACAUACAGCAGAUGUUCCAUUGGUCAAAUGCAUUGAUUUGUUUGUUUUGAAUGGUUGAUCUUUUUAUAGCUUUGAGAAAGUAUCCAGAAGCCUUAAAAAUUUCUAAGAGGCCGGUGAAUUGUUGCGGGAAGACCGUCUAGUUGAUGAGUAUGCUCUGGAAGAACAAGAAGCAGCAGAAAAAUGACUGAAGAACUCCAAACUUUUGAUAGAAUUCAGAAAAUUAGAUUGCUGUAUCGGCCCAAAUGUAUGUAUUGGUGCAAGUGUAAAAAUAGAAGAAGGUGUUCGUCUUGUUGACUCUUCAAUACUUCCAGAUACUACAAUUCAUGCUCACAGCUUUAUUUCUAAUAGUAUUGUUGGGAGAAAAUGUGUUGUAAAUGGGUCCGUAUAGAAAAUACCAGCAUUAUUGGUGAAGAUGUGGUUGUUAAGGAUGAACUUUAUUUGAAUGGUGCUUGUGUUCUUCCACACAAAUCAAUUGCCGCAAGCGUGCCAAAUCCAACAAUUAUUAUGUAA